AUGUCGACACAACAAGCAUCACGGACACUGAUCAAGCGCGCGCUCCAAUCCUCGCAGCGCUCCAUUCGGGAGCCCGAGGUCCUGCGAUUUCCAACACGCAGAUCCAUCCAUUAUAUUCGCACAGUCUCUGCUAUCACCCCAUCAGACAACCGUCGCAGGCCGACCCUUCGUCCAACAUACCAGCCACUGGGUUUAUCGAAAAUCAACGAGCCCUCGACGGGCAACAAACGCACUAUUUUCAUUCAGACAGAGUCGACGCCGAACCCAGAUGCGCUCAAAUUCCUUCCUAACCAUCCUGUCUUGCCGGAGAAUUUCCCAACACCGUUCCUCGAGUAUCUAUCGCCGCGAUCGACCCUCGCCCCGCCGCAUCCGUCGCCAUUGGCAGCUAAGUUGUUGAAUGUCGACGGCAUAUCGUCUGUAUUCUACGGGCCCGAAUUUAUCACAGUAACCAAGUCCAGCGAUGCGAACUGGGCGCAUAUCAAACCAGAAAUCUUCAGUUUAAUCACCGAAGUGGUCACAUCAGGGGAGAACAUCGUGAAUACGGUAGAGCGAGCCGCAGGCGAAAAUGCCCAGGAAGGGGGUAGUGAGGAUACACUGGGAUAUAAUGAGGAGGAUGACGAGGUCGUUGGCAUGAUCAAGGAGCUGCUAGAAACCCGCAUCCGCCCUGCCAUUCAAGAAGACGGAGGCGACAUUGAAUUCCGUGGCUUCGAGAACGGAGUGGUGUUGUUGAAGCUCCGCGGUGCCUGCCGUACAUGCGACUCGAGCACCGUUACGCUGAAGAAUGGAAUUGAGUCCAUGCUCAUGCAUUAUAUUGAGGAGGUUCAAGGCGUGCAGCAAGUCCUCGACCAAGAGGAGGAGGUCUCGAUGCAUGAGUUUUCCAAAUUCGAAGAAAAGCUGCGACAGCAAAAAGGGCCUAGUGCUACGGCAUCGUCUCCGCUGGACAGCGCUGGGGCGUGA